CAGAACGAGCAACGCGGAGCGCAGAAGAAAUUAUUAGUUUGUUUCCUGUAUCGCUAUAGCAACUGUACUGAGUUGAAAAGAAGAACAGAGCGAGGAUAGUGUUUUGCUGAUUAGCAAAAUAAUGAAAAACACGUGUCCUACUGUACUCCACGGAAGUCCAGACAUGAUCCCUCUUGUUGACAACCUCAUUGAAGACGAGGCAGAUAGAGAACGUCUUCUUAACAAACCGGCUUGUUUCAUGAUUAUUGGAAAGCCUGGAGUGGGGAAAUCUACACUUGCUAAGAGGCUAGCACAGUCCUGGAAGUGCAUCCUGAUUGAUGAUACUGAAUUGCUCAAUAAUCAUGUGACUAAUCAAACAGAACAAGGAUUAAGGAUUUUACAGAUUCUAAAUGAGGGGAAAAGUAUUCCUGAGGAAAUGGUUUUUCAAUUGAUUUUGGACAGACUGCAGUCUCCUGAGGUAGAACAUUAUGGUUAUGUGUUAAGCUGCCUUCCUUCAGUGUCGGAAGAGCACCUGAAGAUAACCGAACAGAUCGAGCUGUUACGAAAUCUGAAGAUGUCCCCCGAUUUCAUCAUAAACAUUAAGUGUGACGACAGAGACCUGAUUCGACGGCUCAGCACACAGAAACAACAUCCCGAGACCGGCCAAGUCUUCCAGAAGGAGCAAUGGGACCCCGUCAAAAAGGACCCGCCGAAAAGAAGGAGCUACGGAGAGGAAGAUGGGGAUGAGGGAGAAGAAGAAGAGAUGGAGGAAGAGGAGGAGGAGGAGGUGGGCGACAAGGACUUUGAGAAGGAAAUGAUGUCACAGCUUGUCAGACUGCCGGAGAAUUUUCCAGACAACGUGCAGCAGAGGAUCCUGCUGUACAAAGACACCGUUCUCAGACCUGUUGAAGGUUACAUGGUGGACCAUGAUCCCCUGCACGUGUUUGAGCUGAACGGAAACAGUGAUCCUGGCGAGCUGUUUGUGCUGGUGAUGUCACGGCUGGAGUCGAUGGCGGUCAGUAGAGCCGCGGUGCCCAUCCAACUGCUGCAGAGCGAGGAGGAGGAGCUACCGGACGAGAUGGAAACGGGGGAGCUGUUGCGGAUGCUCUCCGGCAGCAACAUGCUGGCGCCCGGAUUCCGGUGGAGGCGGAGCCGCUGGGGGCGCACCUGCCCCGUGGCGCUGAAGGAGGGAAAAAUCGCCAAGGGGAAGCCGGAGUUUUCCGUUGGGUUCCUGGAUAAGAUCUACGUCCUCUCGUCUCCGGAGGCCCUGCAGCGGUUCAUGCUGAACCCCCGCCCCUACCUCCUCCCGCCCAUGCCCCGCCCCCCCUGCCGGGUGGCGGUGGUGGGGCCCGCGUCGGCGGGGAAGACCACGCUCGGCGCGCUGAUCGCGGGUCACUACGGCGCCGCGGUGCUGGACGUGGAGGCCCUGAUGAGGCCCGUGAUUGGUCAGGUCCAAGCGGCCGCGCUGGAGAAGGUCAGGGAGGAGGCCACGGCAGCCGCCAUCGAGAAAGUGAAGCUGAAGCUCGGCUCGUCGCGCAGAGCAGCGGGCGAUACGGUGGACUUGGAUGAGAAAGGCGAGUCUGGCGACAUCGAGUCGGACCAGGGAGGUACAGGAGCGGCAGAUGAUUCCGAUCCAGCUGCAUUGUCCCACAGUGAGGAGAAAGAUGAAGGAGUGGAGGAGGAGCAGAUGGAGGAGGUGGAGGAGGAGAUGGAGAAGGCGGAGGAGGAGGAGGAGGAGGUGACGUGGCAGCAUCCCGAGGUGCAGGCCAUGGUGAUGGAUGCCCUGACGGAGGCGGAGAAGAACCCCGUCCUGCCUCCACCCAACCUGUGCCUACAGGUGCUGGAGAAGCGGAUCCAGGAGAUAGAAUCGGCCGAUGCCGCUGCGGGCGAGCCCGGGAGGGGUUGGGUGCUCGACGGCUUUCCGAAGGACUGGACCCAACUGUCCUCUAUACAGGACUCCGAGGUCAUGCCGGACACGGUGUUCUGCCUGAUGGACAGUGACACGGACGGUAAAACGAUACUGAGGCGGAUGUACGAGCGGCACAAAGACGAGGUGAACGCGGCGGUGGGGGAGAGGAUGGAGGAGGAGCGAAGGCGAAAAUUGCAGGAGGCGCAGGAGUCGAGGUCGGAGUCCAAAGUGUCCGCGGUCCUGGCUGGAGAUGGUCCGACAAAAUUGGAGGCCGUGCCUGAGGAGGCAGAAGACCUCUUGGCCAGAUCGGACAAUAGCGACGCUGAUGACUCAGAGGCGGCCGCCGUGGGACUCAAAGUUGAAGAGAUAACGUUGCCUGCGGCGUGGGAGGACGGCUACCCUGAGGGGCCGGAGAUGGGCGCCUUCCGGCAGCAGAUCAAACAGUUCGAGAUGGACUGGGAGAACAUGGAGACCUCCCUCACCGGGAGGUCCAGCGUCCUGGAAAUUUCCGGAAAGACGCCGCGGGACCUGCUGGGCGAGGCGGUCUUCCACAUGGAGAGGCCUUUCAAGUACACUGCCUGGGAGCUGACAGGGGUGGACCUGGACGAGGAAGACGAGGACGCCCAGGCCAUGGCCGACUGGGACAGAGGCGAGGAGGAGGAGGAGGAAGAGGAGCAAGAGCCAGAGGAAGAGGCCGUCUCGUCUAAGAGGUUGCUAGGAGACUGCCAGCACUUCUGCCCCGUGGUGCUGAAGGAGAGCAGCGUGCUCGUUCCCUGCACCGACGAGUUUGCCGCCAAGUACAGGGAGAAGGCCUACUACUUCUCCGGCGCCGAGGCCCGGGAACAGUUCCUGCAGAACCCAGAGCUCUACGUGGCCCACACUCAGCCCUUACAAGUUCCGGCUCUGAGGGUGUUCUUGCUCGGCGUUCGCGGGUCUGGAAAGACCGAGCAGGGCCGGUGGCUCGCCGACAAGCUGGGCGUUUUCCACGUCCAGUACCGCGAGAGACUCCAGGAGCUGAUCAUGAGCAAGACCCAGGGGCCGAUCCCCCACCCGGACGACGUGGAGCCUCCGGAGGAGGAGGAGGAGCCGUCGCCCGCGGAGCUGGAGGCUCUGCUUCGGCCUGCGGGCACAGCGCCCCCUGCUGCCUCGGAGGCCAGCCACAGUGGACAGAGCAGUCCACGGGAAGACGGCGUGGAGGAGGUUGUGUUCACUGCCGAAGAGGAGAUGAUCAAGUCUUACCUGUCCGAAGGGCAACCUCUGCCCCCCGAGGUCAUGGACAUGGUGCUUCCCCAGUGGUGGGAGGAGGAGCCAUACAAGUCCACAGGCUUCAUCCUGGAGGGCUUCCCGCAGCAGCAGGAGGAGGUGGAGUACCUGGCGCAGCGCUGCCUGUUCCCGGACGUGGCGCUGGUGGUUUCCACGACGCUGGAGGACGUGCUGCCGCGCCUGCUGCCCCCGCGGCUGCAGCGCUGGAGGGAGAGGAGGGACCGGAGGCAGGAGCGCCAGCGGCGCCUCCGCGAACUCAAGCACAGGAUGAGGGAGGAAGCUAUAGCCAAGAGAAGAGCUGAGCUGUUAGCUGAAUACGCUGGAAAACAAGAGCCAGAGAAGGUGCAGGAUGAGGAUGGGGAAGAUGAUGAAGAUGAGGACGAGGUUGACAGGGAGGCGGAGGAGUUCGAGGAGGAGAUAGAGGCCCUGCUCCAAGACGAGUUCCCACCUGAGGAGGAGGAUGAGGGGGAGGAAGAGGAAACGGAGGCCGAGGCUGAGGAGAGGCUGGAGACGGAGAUAGGAGAGAGAUUUGAGACCGAUGACAACAACCUCCAGAGGAUGGUGGACCUGCUUGCAGACCAGCAGGUGCCCAAGGUGGCGGUCGGCGGCGGGAGGAAGCCGCGCGUGGUGCGCUACCAGAUGCGGGAGGGGCUGAGGCGCCUGGUGGAGGACCGGGAGUCUCUCUUUGAGAAGGGCAGGCCGCUGAACUACGGCCUGGCCCGCAAGCUGCUGCAGCUCUCCUACAAGUACCACAGUGCAUUUGGGCACUGGGAUCCCGUGAGGUACAGCGAGGGAGACCUGAUCCCGCCAGUCCAGAGUCCCGCCAGGCCCACCUUUCCCCUGCUCUUCCACCAGUUCGUAUAUUUCUUCGCGUCCAAAGAGACUCGCAAAAAGUUCACGCUCAACCCCAUAAAAUAUCUUCGGCAACCGAAACCCAAGCCGUCGCUGCCGAUCAAAAUCUCCAUCGUCGGUCCGCCGAAAUCUGGGAAAACGACAGUUGCUAGGAGGUUUGCCAGUGAAUACGGACUCCAGCGGCUGUCGAUCGGGGAGGCCAUGAGGUCUGUGUUGGCCAAUCAGAGCCAAACCGAGCUGGCCAAUCAGAUGCGGAAGUAUCUCUCUCGUGGCCUGACCGUGCCCGACGAGCUUGCCGUCCAGUGUCUGGACGUCGCCCUGAUGAGUGUGGUCUGCAGCACCAGAGGGUUCGUCCUUGACGGUUAUCCAAUGACACAGAAGCAGGCGGACCUCCUGGAGGGCUGCAGCAUUGUGCCGAUCAGGGUGAUGGAGCUGCAGCUGGACACAGUAGACGUUCUGAAGAGGGGACUGUCCGACAAGAUGAAGCACCCCAGGCCCUACCCAGUGCCGGACAGUUCCCAAAUCCUCAACGUCCGCACCUCCGCCUACAAGCGGGAGCUGGCGGACCUGAGGCAGCGCUACCAGCAGCAGUACCAGAACUGGGCCUCCGUGGACGGGCCGAGGAGCAAGUGGUGGGUGUGGAGCGCAGUUCUGGAGGAGGCCAGGGCCAGUCUGAGACAGAUUGAGGCCUACCUGGAGAGCGUCAGGGCAGGACGGGCAGCCAGCAUCGACAGGCUGUGCGUCACCCCCAGGGAGCUGCAGUGCAGGCUGGGGGAGUUCGGCCAGUACUGCCCGGUCAGCCUGGCUCUCCACUGCCACCUGGUGGACUGUUCCCGCUCGCCCUCCCUGGCGCUGGCGGCAGAGUUCCGUGGACGCUACUACAAAAUGGCCUCCAAGGAGUUCCUGGAGAAAUUUCUGGAGAGUCCGGAGCAGUACACACUCCCGGGGUGUCCCCGUCCUCUCCCGCCCCCCCACCUGCUGCCGAAGAGUCUGUCGGGGCCGCAGGUGAAGGCCAGGUUUCCCCAGCAGGUAGAGAUGAAGGGAUACUGCCCAGUCACCUUCAUGGACGGACAGCAAAGAUAUGAAGCGCUUGUACGGGGAAACCCAGACUACGCUGCUGAAUACAGGGAGAAAAUCUAUGUUUUUGAGAGCGAAGAAAAGCAGCAGAAGUUCCUGAGGUCACCUGAGGUCUACUGGGACCAGAAACUGCCCCAUAAACUCCCUCCGAUGAAGGAGCCUGUGCACCUGACCUCUCUCCCAAUGCUGGGGUACCUGGAACAGGGUGUAGCCAGAGAAGUAAUAAAAGCAAUGACUGCCGUGGGGUGUUUCAAACCGAAAUUUCCAUACCUCAGCAUCAAGAGAUCAGCUCUGCUUUACCUGGCUUAUCAUCUGAAAGCAUUCAAUCCCAGGAGCUCGGACUACGCUCGAAAGAAGUACAAGAGGGAACUAGCCAGGUUUGAGGAGAGCUGUGAACUGAUAGCCUACCUGGGCGCAACAAUGACUCAGACAUACAAAAACCCUGAAGAGCAGCCCAUUGACUUUGAUCACAAGCUUCGCAAGUUCCUGUCACUGAAAGACACUGUGGAAAAUGCGGCUGAGGAUCUCUAACAGGAUGUGACUCACUAUUGUAUCCCAUUGCUAAUGGAAAUAUCUUCAUUUUUACCACAACCCAUUUGAAGGCAGAAAUAAAUAUUUUCCUGGUACUCAGUUAUCAGGGGGGAAAAAAAAUGUU